AUUUCUCUCAUCCAUCGAUCUCUAAUCCUAACGAACCUUCAAAAAUUUUCAGAUUUGAUCAUUUCUUGGGUAACUAAAAAAAUUCCCCUCCUCAAAGUCAUCUACCUUUUCACCUUCUUUUCUCUCACCUGCAAGUCUCUGCUAUAUAGUUGCCUUCUCUUCUCGGGUUUCUCCUCCAAACCAGCUGGGGAAUAAAGGGUUUUCAUUUCAUCUCAAUCUAUAUGAUCAUUUCAUCGAUCCUCUUCCUGUCUAUAUUUACGAAUCUUAGGAACUCCAAAUUGAAUUUUUUUUGUUUUUGUUGAAUCCUUGUUAAAGUUAGAGGAGUGUUGAUUUUGGUAAGAAGGACUCAGAUUCUCAGGAAUGGCUGCACCGCCGAGCAGUCGGCUCCAGAGUAUGUUGCAGGCGGCCGUGCAAUCGGUUCAGUGGACGUACAGUCUCUUUUGGCAACUUUGUCCUCAACAAGGGAUCUUAAUAUGGGCGGACGGGUACUACAAUGGGGCAAUCAAGACGAGGAAGACUGUGCAACCAAUGGAGGUUAGUGCGGAGGAAGCAUCCCUACAAAGAAGCCAACAACUCAGGGAGCUCUACGAUUCAUUAUCUGCCGGAGAGACCAACCAGCCAGCCCGGCGGCCUUGCGCUGCCUUGUCACCGGAAGACUUAACCGAAUCAGAAUGGUUUUAUUUGAUGUGCGUGUCCUUCUCUUUCCAACCUGGUGUCGGGUUACCGGGAAAGGCAUAUGCAAGGCGGCAGCACGUAUGGCUAACCGGAGCAAAUGAGGUGGAUAGCAAAACAUUUUCCCGAGCUAUUCUUGCUAAGAGCGCUCGUGUACAGACUGUGGUGUGCAUUCCUCUACUAGACGGUGUCGUGGAGUUCGGCACAACGGAUAAGGUUCCGGAGGACUUAGGGUUUGUCCAACACGUAAAAAGCUUUUUCACAGAUGCCCACCACCAAAACCCUCCCCCACCAAAACCAGCUCUUUCCGAACACUCCACCUCUAACCCUGCCACCUCUUCCGACCACACACGCUUCCACUCUCCUCCAGUCCCCGCCAUCUACGCUGCGGCUGACCCUCCCGUAACUGAUGAUCAAGAAGAUGAUGAAGAUGACGAAGAUGAUGACGAAGAAGAACCCGAGUCUGACUCUGUAGAAACUGGUCGAAAUAGCCGCCAGGUUACGGGAGGAAACACUCAAGCCGUAGUGGCUGCAGAGCCGAGCGAGUUAAUGCAGCUGGAAAUGUCAGAGGAUAUACGACUAGGUUCACCUGACGAUGCGUCGAAUAAUUUGGACUCAAACUUUAACAUGCUGACCAUGGGCCAGUCGGAUAACCCGGCAGAUCAGCAGCGGCGAGCUGACUCGUUUAGGGCGGAGUCGUCUCGGCGGUGGCCGAUGUUACAGGAUUCCUUCGUCAAUAGUAGCCUCCAACCACCUCCUUCAGAGGAGCCACCACUGGAUGAUCUGUCACAAGAAGACACGCACUAUUCCCAGACGGUCUCGACCAUCCUCCACGACCAGCCAACCCGGUGGGCUGACUCGUCACCCAGCGGUUACGUCACCUACUCCUCCCAAUCGGCAUUCGCAAAGUGGACAACACGAGUGGAUCACCUCCUCAACGUGCCCGCCGAAGGCACCUCACAGUGGCUUCUCAAGUACGUUCUCUUCUCCGUACCCUUCCUCCACGGCAAAUACCGCGACGAGAACUCGCCCAAAUCACGAGACACCGACGCCUCCGCCCGAUUCCGCAAGGGCACCCCGCAGGAUGAGCUUAGCGCUAAUCAUGUCCUGGCGGAACGCCGCCGCCGAGAGAAGCUGAAUGAGAGGUUCAUUAUUCUGAGAUCGCUGGUUCCGUUUGUUACCAAGAUGGAUAAGGCCUCCAUUUUGGGCGACACAAUUGAGUACGUGAAGCAGCUGCUGAAGAAGAUUCAAGAUCUGGAGGCGCGUAACCGGCAAAUGGAGGCGGAUCAGAAAUCUAGAAUGGGGGAAUCGCUGCAAAGGACGAGCAGUUUGAAAGAGCAGAGGAGCGGGGCCACAGUGACGGACCGGGGACGGGCUGUAGGUUCCGGAGUCGGGUCGGAUAAGAGGAAAUUGAGGAUUGUGGAGGGUAGUGCGGGUGGAGCGAAGCCGAAGAUGGUCGAAUUGCCUGCUCCGCCGACGGAGACGUCGGUGGAAGUGUCUAUAAUUGAAAGCGACGCGCUGUUGGAGCUUCAAUGCGGGUACAAGGAAGGGUUGUUGCUGGACAUCAUGCAGUUGUUAAGGGAGCUCCGGAUCGAGGCGACGACGGUUCAGUCUUCCUUAAAUAACGGGGCGUUCGUGGCAGAAUUAAGGGCGAAGGUGAGGGAGAGUGUGAAUGGAAAGAAAGCAAGUAUUGUGGAAGUGAAGAGGGCCAUAAAUCAAAUAAUACCCCAUCUCUAACUAAAUUGUUUUGUAAAUUUUGGGGGAUAAGAAUUCAGUUUUGGAUGGCAUCGUACAAUUUUUUUGGUUGUUUGCUAUUUGGAUUAAGAAAUUGUCAUCCACAAACUGUAAUGUAAUCUAACAAGUGUUAAAUUGAACAUAAGCCAAAAUAUCGAAUUAACUUUUGAAAAUUAA